AUGUCAACUGUUGUUCAAAAUACGAAAACUUCCGUUCGACGACUCUAUGUUUUAUUAUGUGAAUUUGAGAUUUUAUCUAAAACAAUAUCAACUCGCAAUCUUGGUGUAAAUAUCAUCAUGAGUGAACCGAUGGGUGCCUAUUUUCGCGAUACAACUAAAGGUUGGAUACUUGUUGAUAGUGAUAUUGAUAACUCCAUAUUAGCGAAAAAAUAUUUCGUUGAUCGUGGUUGGACACCACUUUCAGUCGUACUUCCGAUGCAUCGUUUGAAAUAUCAAUUAUCACUCAUUGGCAUAGAACCAGAAAUGAUCAAUUAUAUUAUAUUAAUUCAUACACAUACUGAUCAUACAGGAAAUUUAAAAUAUUUUCCAACUGCAAAAAUCUAUAUUCAAUGUCAAGAAUAUGGAUAUGUAUUUCAAUCACCCGAAAAAUUAAGUUAUGCAAGGUUUCGUGAUGAUUAUGAUAAUCGAUCUGAAACUGAUUGGCUUUUAAUCGAUGGUGAUACGAAUAUUUUAUCUAGUUUGAAUUCGAUUUCGAUACGUGGCCACACACUUGGUCAUCAAUCUGUUCUUGUUCUAUUGCCAAGUGGAACAAGUAUAAUUAUGACAGAUGAUGCUGGUGAUUUACUAGAAAAUUAUGAGAAAGAAAUCUUGCCUGGAGAAUCUGUUGAUGAUACAGUUGCACUUAAAUCAAUUCGACGAUUGAAACAAUUAGCAUCCUUAUCUAAUGCACAUCUAUUUCUUUGUCAUUAUCCAAUUCUUAUACAAACACUAAAGCUUACACCUGACUAUUAUGAUUAA